AUCACAACACCCGCGGACACGAACAGUACUAGUGCAGCAGCCAAAGUAUUUGCAUCCAAGUUGGGAAAAGUGAAAGAUUUUCACGAGAAAACAUUCCGUAAAUUGCCAAUUUUCCAAGUGAAAAUCAAUCAUAGAUCACAUCUGUAUCUAAUUGCAUUGAAUGCACGUGGAAUUUUGAGAAAAAUCAACGGAAUAAACGUGAAAAUUCCUCAUCAUCAAGUGAAUUGAUUUUCCGUAUACUUUUUCAAUUGAAGAUUUCCUAAAAAGCUUUCACUCAUUUUCACUUUGACGGAUUUAUUUUGAUAAUAGUGUCCAUAGCUGCUGCACAAAAGAAUAAUUUAGGUGUGUUGUCGUGCGGAGUAAGAGGAAAAUUCCAGCGAAAAGAGAGCAAAGCAAAAGGAAGACAAGAAGAACAAGAGAAGGAAGAGCAAGACCGAAAAGUAGGUUCUGUUGCCAAGAAGAGAUCUCUUUGAGGAGUGAGAAGAGAAUGCGAUCUGACGGCCGAACGGUGUCCGAAUGGGAGGACAGUGUUCUCUUUGAUGCUGAUGAUCCUGACUUUUCGAAUCUCACGGCCAAUGGGAAUGGCAUUCUCAGCUCAAAUCCAUCUCUUGUGGCGACAACCGCAACGGAACGUCUUCAUAUGUUGAACACAUUGAUGCGAAAAGUGCCUUCAACAAUGUCCGUUGCGAGUGUGCAGGCACCUCAUUUAGCUGAGCUUUGCUCAUCUAUCGGGCGCUCAAGCUUGAGUGUCUCAUCGUCAGUGUCGGACCUCGUGGGGAGCCCCUUUGAGAUUUCUGCCGACAAUGUACUCACCAUUGAGGAUUUGCGCAUGCAAAUGGGCUCAUGCUUCACAUGUGGUGUCUCCUGGGCUGAGGAUCACGUCUCCCUGGAUUGCAGUGAGUGUGGCGGCUAUGGUCUAGAGCGGCCGUGUCCACUCUGCGAUGGGAACUGUGGCAGCACAUGGAAGAGGGAUUUUACAAUGUCCCAUGCUUCCGGUAAGGCGAGGUGGCAGGGAUCGUGCCCAUCGCAUCCGAUCAGCUAUCCACCUUCCCUGGUGCUGCCCACAAUUGUGGCCCCCGCAGCCGUUCCACCCACAUGUGGUGCCACGCGGAAUCAAUUCCUUGCCCAGGAGCUCUGUGCUCGUCUCGAAAAGCUCUCAACGCAGACGUGAUUUGCCCACGCAGACAAUCUCUGUGUCCGGCACUCUCUGAGAACUGCGCUUAAGGGGCCCGAGUGUGCCCCACCAACGAGCCAGCCGCUCAGAGGUUCUCCUCCGCAAGUACUUUGUGUUUCUUAUAUUAUAUAGUUCUUUUUUUCAUUUUGAUAAAAGAAAUUUGUAAGUAAAUGAAAAAAAAUCAAUUGUAGUCAUUUUCUCUCAAAUCUUGUACACAAUCUUUUUGUCAUAAAAACUCCGGAGAAAUCUUCUGAGGGGGAUGUACUUUGGGGAGUUCCAUUUUUUUAACGUCCCAAAAAGUAUCCCUAAAUGUGGUUUUCACGGAGAAGGAAAAAUUAAUCUUAUGAGUGAAGAAAGAAGAUUUUUUUGUAAAUGAAAAGAAAUUUUGUGAAUGAGAAAAUGGGGAAAAAGUGAAAAAAUCUACAAGACUGUGGCGCCAAAAUGCUCAAUUCUGGACAUUUAGUUUUUAUUUUUUAGUGGAUGUGCAUGUGGUGCAGGUGGGGCAAAUGCAGGGCUUUGUAUUCCUCCCAUUUCAUGAGGGGGGGAUCAACUUAAGUUUUUUUGUUGCAUUUUUUAUAACUGAAGAGUCAUAUUUUUUUUUUUUGAUAAAAUAAUUAAUUUGUCAAAAGAUCCUAAUAGCGCUACAGUUUACCAUAGAAUCCACCGAUAAAAAGGUUUUCUUUAUCUCUUUUCAAAGGAAAGUUCUAGGCUCUUUUGAUUUUUCACUCAAUUUUGGAGAAUCAAAAAUAAAAAAUUAAAAAGGUAAAAAGAAUAGUUCUUCGUAUCUGUUAAAAAUUCAAAUUUGAAUUUGACAUAAAAUUACCGCAUCUGUCAUUAAAUUUUAAAUUUCUUUUCUUUAUGAAAUAUUCAGUUUUUCCUUCAAAAGAGCAAGACUUUCCAAAAGUUUCAAUAAUAAAUUUCAAAAUUAAUGCACAAAAUUAACCAGAAAAAAUUGCUUAAAGCGAAAUCCCAUCAAAAAUAUAAAAUUAAUAUGAAUUAAAACCCAGAAACUGUAAGAGCAUAAUAAAAUAUUAAAUAUAAUUUAAUGUUAUUAAACAUGAAAGUUAAGGGAAAUAUACUUAUAAAAAGAAACUAUUAUAAAAUUUAAGAAUGUGUGAUAUUCCGGAAACAAUAUAUAAAUGUAAUUUUUAACUAUUAAAUUGUGAAAAAAAAUGAAAAAUAUUUAAAUAUUUACACGAAUAUUGUCAAAAAAAGAAUUUCAUAGACAACCCCGAAGAAAACAAAAAAAGGAGGAUUUGUAUUGGGAGCGUUAUUUCUUACACAUGAGAAAUGAACUUCUGGUAAAAUUUUCUGUGAAAAUUUCCAGUGAUUUUCCUUUAUAACUAAACAAAAUUAAGUCAACAUUUUGGGUGAAGAAAUUGGCUGAAGAAAUUUAUUAAAAAAUAUAUAUUUUCUAUCAAAAGAAUCAUCAAACUAUCGCACAUUUUUUAUCCUUUUGAGAAGAUUUUUCUCUUCUCAAAAUUAAAGAAAAGGAGUCUAUGUAUUUUCAGGCUCUCACGGUGGCAUUAGAAGAUACAAACAAGACAGGGAAAAUAUUGUAAAAAAUAAGAAAAAUACUCAAAAAUAAACCAAGAAGAAAAACGUUUUGAGAAACAAGCUUUUGAAAUAUUUUCUUAUAUUUUUUUUUGUAUCUUAUAAAAUUAAAUCGUGAGAGCUGCAAAGAUGAAUAAAUUCCUUUAGAAAAAUCAAAAGAAUUUUUUCUACGAUAAUUUUCUUUUUUAAUGCAAUAGAAACAUUGAUAGAGCUUUUGUAAUGAAAUAAAGUCAAAAAGAUAUUUCCUAAAGACACACUCACUACCAUUUAAUGAUAAUUUAUAGAGAAAAUGCAUUAAUUUUUAAGGACAACAAUAAAAAAAGAAAAGUAAACGAGCAGAAAUCACCAAACCGAGAGAGCUUUAUGAUUUUCCUUCAACUAAAUAAUGAUUUUUUCUUACUUUUUUUUGAAGGACCAGCAAAACUUUUCUCUAAAUUUUUAUAAAGAAUUUUUUAAGGAACUUUUUCUUAAAAACUCAAAAGCGCAAAAAAGACCAAAGAUGAGCAAAAAAUAAAUAAACUAAAGCCUGAGGAGAAAUUUUCAAGAGGAAAAGGCCUCAAAGUUGGUGAUUAGAGCUAUGAGGAAGUUUAAUCUUCAUUGAUUUUUUUUAUAUAAGUUUAAUUAGAAAAUUUAUCAUCGCAAGAGCUUCGACCAUUAAUUUAUAUUAGCAAAAUUGUGUAAUGCAAACAUUAUAUUUGUUCAAUUGGGAUGAAUUUCUUGUAGAAAACAUGAUAAGUUAAUCUUUUUUAUAUUGUCGAACCAUUAUAAUUUUCAUUUUCAAUAAAAUAUUUUUUUCCAUUUUAUUUAAA